CCCUGUCUUGCAUUUAAUCACUCACUCAGAGCGGACCAGCUCCGAUGAUAAAGUAAUGACCAAACUCCUCAGAGGAAUCGCAGCAGAAUCGGGUGCGACAACCUUAAGCCAAGUUGGGGAAGAAGAAGAAGAAGAUUGAAGUGAAGAGAGCGACAAGAAGACAGUAAUAUCUUUUCCCACGCACGGCUGCGAAUAUUCUUCUGCUGCUGCUGCUGCUCCUCCAACCCAUCAGAACAACGAAGAAAACAGAGAGAGAGAGAGAGAGAGAGAGAGAGAUAUAGAGGGUAACAGUCAGGUUUGAGUGGACAAGUUUCUGUCUUCAGCUCGGGCGGAGGCUUUGAGUUCUCAGCUGAGGAGAAGGGGAGAUGGGUUCGGACGCUGACGUGGCAUGCUGCGGCACGAAGUUCUGGCUGUACUUGGUGGUGAUAAUCGGACUGGUGAGCUUCGCGGGGCUAAUGGCGGGCUUGACACUGGGUCUCAUGUCCCUUGGACUCGUCGAUCUCGAGGUCCUCAUGAAGUCAGCCCCCCCCAAGGAACGCCUCUAUGCCUCCAAAAUAUUUCCAGUGGUGAAGAAUCAGCAUCUCCUGCUCUGCACGCUUCUGGUUGGAAACUCCAUGGCCAUGGAGUGCAGGCUCUGCCUAUAUUCCUGGAUAAGCUGGUGCCGCCAUGGGCUGCCAUUUUGAUAUCUGUCACCCUAAUCCUCACGUUCGGAGAGAUAUUGCCACAAGCAGUCUGUACACGUUAUGGCUUGAAAGUCGGAGCAAUGAUGGCACCGCUUGUUCAUGUUCUUCUUUUGCUGUUCUUUCCUAUAACUUAUCCAAUUAGUAAGGUUUUGGAUUGGAUGUUGGGCAAGGGUCACGCUGUCCUUCUGAGGAGAGCAGAGUUGAAGACCUUUGUUGAUUUUCAUGGGAAUGAGGCUGGGAAGGGUGGGGACUUAACUCAUGAUGAGACUACAAUCAUUGGUGGAGCACUUGAACUGACAAAGAAGACUGCAAAGGAUGCGAUGACUCCGAUCUCGAAGGCAUUUUCUCUUGAUCUGGAUUCACCUCUUACUUUGGACAGUCUGAAUGCGAUUAUAACCAUGGGACACAGUAGAAUUCCAGUUUAUUCCGGAAUCCCAGAAAACAUAAUUGGGCUUAUUCUGGUAAAGAAUCUCUUGACCGUUGAUCCAGAAGCUGCGAUUCCUCUCAGGAGAAUGAUGAUCAGAAAAAUUCCUAGGGUUUCAGAAGACAUGCCUUUAUAUGAUAUCCUUAAUGAAUUCCAAAAGGGUCACAGUCACAUCGCUGUUGUAUAUAAGGAUUUGAAUGCAAAUAAAGAAUCCUCUCUGGAAAGCGACGGUAAAAGGCCCAAGAUUAAGGACUGCUUCAAGAAACCAAGGGAAACAAAUAAAGUUAACAAGGGAGUUAGCCCUGCUUCUGCUGUAAAAGACAAGGAAUCGGAUAUGAAGGAAGCAGGGUUGGCCAUUGCUGAGGCAGAUGGAGGUCAAGUAACAAGAAAGAGUCCCCCCUCCACUCCUGCAUUUAAGAAACGGCACAGAGGUUGUUCUUUCUGCAUAUUGGAUAUCGAGAAUGGUCCGAUUCCAGAGUUCUCACCCAAUGAAAAGGUGGUUGGUGUAAUUACCAUGGAAGAUGUCAUCGAAGAGCUUCUUCAGGAGGAGAUAUUGGACGAAACUGAUGAAUAUGUUAAUAUCCAUAACAGGAUUAAGGUGAACAUGCACGCCUCCCAAGAUAGGGGUGGUCCAAAUUCAAAUAUAUUACAGAUCCCAUCCGAUGACUCCUCAGGCACGAGCACCCCAACUACUGCAUCCCCAGUGACUGCGAGCUUCAGUCUGAGGAAUGUUGUUGGGUCCACCUCGACCUUGUCAGUGACAAGCAACUCUGCGGCCAAUUCUCCGGCCGGGCACCCUGGAGUGUCAUAAGACGAAUCCACUGGUUAUGUAUGUUGAUAGGCACAGGUAUUUAUAAGAGAACAGAAGGUAGGACUGUUAACAGGUAGAGCAGACUACUUCCGGUAAUAGGUUCAAUGCUUGAAAUGUCAUCGUUCUUAAUCAGGUGUCUUACUCGUAAUUUGUAAUUAAAUUGGUGUGGAUGUGCACUUUUUUUUUUUUUCCCGAACGUGAUCUUCAGUUAAGGUGCUUGCAUUUUACAUGU